AUGCUGUCUUUGCCUAAAGCCGUCAUUGGCAAGCGAAGGUGGUUUUUGCUGCUUCUACCCCUGAUCGUCGGCUACAGCGUGCUCAUGGUGAGUAUUAUGGACGUCUACGACGGCUCCGGCCGAGCGAGAAGCCCCCAAAAGUCCUUCCUUCGGAACGAUGGCGACAACUUCGAGGUGCUUCAUCCAGAGCCCCCAUUCUACCAGCGCGGGGAGCAGUUUGACUCGACUGUGCCUCGCGACCGCGGGGUCUUGAUGUGCAUCCACAACGGAGUGCUGGCCAUGGGCGUGUCGCUCAUCCGAGAGCUGCGGUGUCUCGGUAACCGGGAGCUCAUCCAAGUGUAUCACUGUGGCCCCACUGAACUAACCCAAGAAUCAAAAGACCUACUCUUUCGUAUUGACGAUCGUUUGGAGCUGGUCGAUGUGUGCUCGGACCUGACGCAGCGCGGCAAGAUCACCCAGAGGAUGGCCAACCGGUUCCGGAACUGGUGGAUCAAACCACUGGCCAUAUACCAUACCGACGUCCGCCACGUGAUGCUCAUGGAUGUCGACGACAUUUUCGUUAAGGACCCCGCUCUGCGCGAUUUGGAGCCGUACAAGGAGACAGGCACGACUUUCUUCUACGACCACGGAGGAGUCCACUACCUGAAGAAGCUGUUCGCCAAUUUCAAGUACGAGCAGUUCAAUGAACGUGCGGGACAGACCGUCAUGGACAUCAUGCUCUGGUUCAUCACCAAGGAGCGCUUCCGGUUCGAAUACUCGUUUGGUGACAAGGAAACGUUCUGGUUGUCAUUCGAGAUGGCUCAUGCGCCGUACGGGUUCUCUCCUUGGGGCGUCAGUGUGGUGUCUUCGUGGCCCAACAGGGACAUGAAGACGCACCCGAACACGCUUUGUGGCAGCAUUUUGCAGUAUCUGCCGGACAGCAGCGCCGAUCCUCAAGUGUUGUACGUGAAUGGCAAGGCGCUGCUGGAUCCGUAUCCAGAAGGUGUCAACUCUGGGGCAAAGACGCAGAGGAACAACAUGUUCAACUCUCUCCCGACGCACAUGACCCCACGCCUUCCCCGGACACAACUCAACAUGACUGAUGCAGGUGCUGUUCGGAAGGAGAAAAUGUACCAGGAAUGCCUCGUCGGGUUAGGAGCAACGCCAUUGCCCGAGUCGUUUGCUGGUCGACUGUUGCGUCGCCGUCUCCACUUCUUGGGGGCAAUGACUGGUGUCCUCGGCUCGCUUGAGCUCUGCGGGACGUUCGAACUACCCAAUUGA